GCGCUGGAGGCGGCGAGCCAGGCAGAAAUAGACAUUGCAUUCUUGCAGGAGGUGGGGCUCACGGACCAGGAUUGCGCCGCAUUCGAGGCCCGCGCACGCAAGUUCGGCUACAGGAACUACUUUUCGGGAGGCGCCGUGGCCCAAUCAACGGCGCCCCACCAGGCGGGCAGACCCACUGGUGGGGCUUGCACGUUGGUGUCCAAGGCGCUGCGCUCCCGGCAGCUGGACCACCUGGUGGGCGAGGACGCGCAAGCGGUGGCGGCGCGGGUCGAGGACCUGAUCACGGUCAACCUCUACCAGCCUCCCGGCAAGGCCAGGGACGAGGCUAUGUCGUUCGUGUUGGGGCUGCUGGAGACGCUGAGCCGUAAGCACACCUGGUGCAUCGACUAUUACAUAGCCUCGCACCCGACGUGCUGUGACCAGCCGGCGUUGGAGGACAUUUCGUUCAAGGACCACCGGGCUGUCGCUGCCCAGCUGCAGGUGGUCCGGGGCGACAGGGGCGUGCGUGAGCCGGAUUGCAUUGUGGGCAGGUCAGCCAAUUUGGGCUGCCCGGGACACGUGAAACCAGAGCGAUGGUGUCAGCUGCAGCGGGAAGUCUAUGCGACCAUGGUUCCGCCGAGCCUCCCAGUUAUGGAGGAGCCCCGGGACAUGGACGCCAUGCAGAAACAGGUGGACGACGUGUGGAAGCAAACGCCUCUCUAUCUCGAGCACUUCGUCAGGAGCACGAUGAGGAGGGCCAUGGAGGAGGCGGGAAACGAGGCGGAAAGCAUCCAAGGAUGGGGCAUCAGGAAGAACACGCAGACGUUUCGGCACCAGGAGCACAGGUUCGGGGAAUGUGACGACCCGCGCACGUCGGCGCGCAUCCAGCAGCUUGACAACCUGCGCGGGCGGAUGUGGCACAUGCAGUGGCUGCGGAGGAAAGGCCGCGAGGAGAGCGCCGAGGGUCGAAUGCUCGAACAGAGAAUCCGCGAAGGGCUGACGAAGCAUCGGCUGGCGACGUUGAAAGAGGUCGAGGCGAAGUUGGCGGAGCUCCGGAAGCAGCGGAGACAGGGCCGCAUCGACAGGAAAGUCUGGGGGCGCGAGCUUGCGCCGCAGGAGGAAUGGCAGCAACGGGUCGAGGACACGCUGCCGCCUGCGUCGGAGGAGAUCUGGCGACCCGUGUGUCCCAUGGAGCUGCGGGGCGCCAUGGGCAGGCUACGGGGGUCCGCUCCUGGAGCUGACGGCUGGCACGGAGAUGAGCUCGCUUCGCUCUACUGCCCUGCGGUGGUCCACCACCUUGCUGACGUCUUCAGUUUUAUGCUGGACCAGGGUUGCGCGCCCACAGAGUGGCGCAAGGCACGGCAAGUAAUGCUCCCGAAGGAGGGCAAAGGGAGGAGAAAGAAGGACGGGAGCAUAGCUGUGCAGGCGGCGCUGCGACCCAUCACCAUCUUGAGCUGCUGGUGGCGCCUGCUCGGCAGCGUGCUGCUGCGGUCCCCCGACGCCCAAACGUGGCAGAGGAAAUGGUGGAGGGAGGAGGCAGUUGGAGGACGCACGGCCGGAGAGGUGUACACGCCGCUCAUGCGCCUCAUCGACUCGUGCCACCAGGGUGACUUCAUCGCGUCCUACGACUACACGUUGGCUUUCGACCAGACCGACCCCAAACUGGCAGUCGCGGUGUUGAGGAAGGAAGCUCGGGUGUGGACCGGACAGCUCCGGUACUUGCAAUACCAAGGAGUCACACUCAGGCAGCCGGAGGAGGUGGGCACCUCGCUGCCCCAGGGCGACCCGUGGUCCAUGAUAGCUAUGGUGGCGGUCCUACACCUGCCGAUCACCGCCAUCGUGGCGCGCUUCCCUGGGGCGGAGCUCUCCUGCUUCGUGGACGACAGGUCGUGGAAGCCCAGCACUGCGCAUGAGCUGCUGGCAGUUGGUGAGGAGUGGAGGAAGUGGUCGCUCGUCUUGGGCCUCAAGGAGAACGAGGCGAAGUCUCAGCACGCCCACUGGACGGCCGCGGGCAGGAAACAGCUGCUAAAAACAGGCGCGCCGGACACCACGGUGACGGACGCUCCAGAGAUCCUCGGGGUGGGCUUCUGCAAGGGGACCGGCCGCCAAGGCGGAACAGGAAAAAAGUAUACCAGGAAGGAGGAGACGAGGCUGAGGAGGGCCAAGGUGAUGCUCGAAAAGAGUGCGAGUCUGCCGGUCUGCAGAAGGAUGAAGGAGGCGACGAUGGCAAGCAAGGCGCUGGCAGUCGCCGAGUACGGCUGGAUCGACAGGCAGAUGAACAAGAGGGACGAGACGCAGCUACAGGCGGCGAUCGUGAGGGCGAGGCAGGAGCCCAAAGCAGGGAGCCCCCACCUCCGGGCCAUCUUCCGCGGCCACCGGCUCAGUGUCAGGUGCCGCCUGCUGACGACUGCCUUCAUGGCAGCGUGGCGCACCCUCCGCAAGGACCAACGGCGGGCCACGCUGGGGACCUGGAGGAGGCAGGAGGGAUGCUCUGGCCGGAUCCACGCUCUCCUGCAGGGCUGCGGCUGGCAGGAAUGCGCCGAGUGGGAAUGGAGGCACCCAGUCACGGGCGUCAUUCUCAGCCUGCGCAAGGGCAGCGGGCACUGGUCUGAGCGCAAAGGACGCCUCGAGCACGUGCUCCGGGAAGGCUGGCGCGCGAACCUAUUCGGGAGGUGGCGGGGGCAGAGCCGCAUCGACUCGUCUCUGUGCCGGUUCGAGCAGUACGACGAGCGGCGCUGCAAAGCCGCGAGGCUUCUGGCAGAGGGCAGCACGCACGCGGCCAGC